AUGGACGCCAAACGUCCUAUCCGCGCCGCCGCCCCCAUUUCCGGCAACGAGAACCUUGUCCCCCAUAAACAACCUAUUCACAACCGACCUAAGUCCAUUGGAAAUCUAAAAGCCAUGACCGGCAAUAGCGCACUCAAUGCCCCCCCGAAACGUACUGCCUUUGGCGACGUCAGCAACACUGCUAGGGUCCGUGCUAGCGACAUCGCGGGUAAGCAAGUCAACAAGGAUAGUGUCAAGGCUUUUGUCAAGCCGGCCACUGCGUCUAUCAACACUCGCGACGUGCGAAUCGAGGACAAGGAGAACAAGAAGGCCAACACCAAGGAGAACCGCAACAAGCCUGCCAGUACUCUCUCGAGGCGAUCAAACAAUUCAGUGCAGCCAGCCCAGCAGACAUCGCGUGUCAACCUCUCGAACAAACAGAAUGGCGGAGUCUCUCUCGCCCAGGCCCCGCUCCGAAAUGGCGUUUCCAAGAAGAUCACAGCCAUUUACCAGGAUCGUCAGGAGGAGGAGGUCAGCAUCCACUCUGACGUGCCUUCUCCCGCUGAUGACCUUGCCGUUUUGGUGACCAAGCCCGGAAAGCUCCCGCGUCACUCCAAGAGCCAACCAGCUCUUCGCUCCGAUUCUCAUAACCUCCGACUUCAGCCCGCUCUACCUGUUCAAUCUGACAAUCUUACGGAGACGGAGGACGAGGACGACAUCGACGACAACGUGACUGAGGCCGCUUACGAGGAUGCCGUCGAAGACUUGUUGCGAGAUGACGAAGAUGCCCUCCGCGAGGCCCUCGUGGAGAUUCAGCGGGCGAGCUCCAAGACGACGCAGCGAAAUGAAUACGACGCGUCCGUGCAGCCCAAGAACGUGCCUGAGCUGCCGGCGGCUGCCGAGCUUGAGGAGUACUGGGACGAGGAAGAGGAGCAGGAGCUCUACGAUGAGCAGGGCUACACUACUGCGCACUCGUAUCGGUCGCACGGAGAUAACACCACAAGCGGCCCUACGACCCUGCUCGCUCCGGCUGUCACCGCCAGCGUUGAGGACGAGCUUGACCUGGCCAGGGACUACGUCGCCGCCCACCAGACCGAGGACGAGAUCGAGGAGGAGGCAUGGGAUGUCAGCAUGGUUGCCGAGUAUGGCGACGAGAUCUUCACCUACAUGCGGGACCUCGAGGCUGAAAUGCUACCAAAUGCGCACUACAUGGAUGACCAAACCGAAAUUCAGUGGUCCAUGCGCUCUGUUCUCAUGGACUGGAUUGUUCAAGUCCAUGGUAGGUUCUGCCUCUUGCCCGAGACCCUGUUCUUGGCCGUCAACUACAUCGACCGGUUCCUUUCCGUCAAGGUGGUCUCUCUCGGCAAGCUCCAGCUCGUUGGCGCCACCGCCCUAUUAAUCGCGGCCAAGUACGAAGAGAUCAAUUGUCCGUCAAUCCAGGAGAUUGUCUUCAUGGUAGACUCGGGGUACAGUGCCGACGAGGUUCUGAAGGCCGAACGCUUCAUGCUCAGCAUGCUCCACUACGAGCUCGGGUGGCCCGGUCCUAUGAGCUUCCUUCGCCGCAUCAGCAAGGCGGAUGAUUAUGAUCUCGAGACCCGUACCCUCGCCAAGUACUUCCUGGAGAUCACUAUCAUGGACGAGCGCUUUGUCAGCAGCCCCCCGAGCUACCUCGCGGCGGGUGCCCAUUGCAUCUCCCGCAUGUUCCUCGAUAAGGGUGGUUGGACUCUCGCCCAUGUUCAUUACUCCGGCUACACCUUGGGCCAACUCAAGCCGCUGAUCAAGGUUCUGUUCGAGUGCUGCCAGUAUCCCGAAAAACAUCACAGCAUCGUGUAUGAGAAGUACGCGUCGCCGAAGUACAAAGGAGCCUCGGCUAUCAUUGCGGGCAAGAUGGAGACCGGUCUUACGCUAUCUCAGCUCUACGACGGAGACUUUCCGGAGCAGAGCAUCUCCUCAUCCACCAUCAGCGACAAGCUGAGCUCCCAAUACCAGGCCUCCCGCCUUGUCUCCGCGGUUCAAGGUUAG